AAGCGCCAUUAGUUUGAAGAAUACUCAAUUUGGAAAUAGAUUUUUUGACUUAGUGGGAAUGAAAGACGAGCAAGUGUACGUAGAUACAACAAAUAGCGACAUGGACGAAAAACACUUCCGAAUUAAUCAUUUGGGGAAGAAUUACAACAUUUACGAAUUCUUAAAUAAUCAUCCGGGAGGCAUAAACUAUGUCAAACCCUACGAAGAUAAAGAAGUCACACAACGGAUGCAACAGACGCAACAUUCGAAAGCUGCCUAUUAUUUGUUGAGAGAGUACAAAGAUGGAGGACGUGACAGUAGUAAUAAAGGUGAUCAGGAAGACUUAGAAGCGUUAGUGGAUUGGAAUAAGCCCAUGUUGGCACAAGUGGCCAACUUGGGGGCGAAAUACAAUGAAUGGGUUAUAUCACCAGUUGAUAGGAAGCUGAGGUUGUUUGGUAACCCAAUUUUGGAGAAUUUAACUAUAACACCAUGGUAUGUGGUUCCGUUGGUUUGGGUGCCAGUGAUUCUUUAUUUUAUUACCUAUGGUACUAGAAGAUACGUGCAGCUCACGGAAGAUCAAGCCCCCUUUAUACCAACAGUAUUAAGUGUAGUAUCAGGUGUCGUCUUAUGGACCCUAAUAGAGUACUCUUUACACCGAUGGGUUUUCCAUAUGGAACCAUCCGGGAAAUCAAGAGUCAUGAUUUAUGUGCAUUUUGCCAUCCACGGCCUUCACCACAAAGUGCCUUUUGAUCCUCGCAGACUAGUAUUCCCGCCAUUUCCUGCCGCUAUAAUAGCAUACAUGUUUUACGAAAUUUGUACGCUUUUCAUCCCCGAUUCGAUUAUUUUUUUAGUUAUAGCAGGAGGGCUAGCAGGAUAUGUUAUUUACGACAUGAUUCACUUUUAUUUGCAUUACGGUUCACCCAGAGAAGACAGCUAUUUUUACCAUUUGAAGCGUUACCACAAUCAGCACCAUUUUGCACACCAUGACAGUGGUUUUGGCAUCAGUAGCGUUUUCUGGGAUAAGGUUUUCGGAUCUGCGAUUAAAUUGAGACAGCUUGCUAUGGCCAUUAAAUGGUGAAAAGACGUACAAAAUUGACCAAAAUUUCAUUGUGUGUUCGUCAGAAGUGUGAUUUUUUAUUAGUCAUUUAUACUUAUUUAAGUUUAUUGUUAUAUUAAAAUUAUUUUAAGGAUUCCAAAUAUAUUUUUUGAUUUA